AUGAUAUCAUUACUCAGGCUUGUCUCAUCGACACCUUCAUCAUUUGCAAAUGUCACCCCAGGCGUUUUUUAUUCCAUCGGAUGGAUCAUUUAUAAUCUUUACUUCCAUCCUCUAGCAUCAUUUCCAGGCCCCAAAUCCAAUGCAGCCACAUCGCUUCCCUUUUUCCGAUCUGUGUUGAGCGGCAACCUGCCGAUGGACGCACACAGAUUACACGAAAAGUAUGGCGACGUGGUCCGCAUCGCUCCAAACGAAGUGACUUUCACAAACCCCGAAGCCUGGAAAGAGAUAUUCGCCAUUCGCCCUGGCAAGCCCCAGCGCCCGAAGGAUCAACGCCAUUUAUCUGUCGGGCCAAAUCACGUUCCUAGCAUCCUUCGAGCUGACGAUCAGACUCACGCCCGAUAUCGACGCUCCCUAUCCCACGGGUUCUCAGAAGGCAGUCUUCAGCGCCAGGAAGUUAUUGUCAAGGGCUAUGUUGAUCUGUUGAUGCAACGGCUGCAUGGGCUCGCCGAGUCUGGCAGUGCUACUGUCGACAUGACAUGCUGGUAUAAUUAUGCUACAUUCGAUAUUAUCGGUGAUUUCGCGUUUGGUGAAUCGUUUGGGUGUCUGCAAAACUCGCAGUAUCAUUUCUGGGUUUCUGUUAUCUUCAGCCACUUCCGCACGGCUGCAUGGGCAAAUGUUCUGCGACGUGUUCCAGCUGGGAACUUACUCAUGAAAUUGAUUGUUCCCAAAGAGAUCCGAGAGCAAAAGAAACAUCAGAAUCAGAUGACAAAGGAGAAAGUGCAGGCACGCAUGGAAAAUGGGGACAACGGGCGCCCGGACUUCCUCAGCAAUGUGCUGAAGCAACCUCUUGAGAAGGGAAUGACUGAAGACGAGCUAAUUAGUAACUCCUAUGUGCUCAUCAUUGCAGGUUCAGAGACUAUCGCUACCUUACUAUCCGGUGUGACCUAUUAUGUACUUACUGUUCCUGGGGUUCUCGACAAACUCAAAACAGAAAUCCGUAGUGCAUUCACCUCCGAAGAUCAGAUCACUUGGGCUGCUGUUAAUCAGCUAGAAUACACCCUGGCUGUUCUGAACGAAGCUCUUCGGAUGUACCCUCCUGUCCCAUAUGGGUUUCCACGAAUGGUUGAGGGCAAAGGGGAUUUUAUCUGUGGGAGAUGGGUCCCUGGAGGGACGGCUGUCGGAGUACCAAUAUUAGCAGCUCACCGUUCCGCCGCAAAUUUCAAGAACCCGAACGCUUUUAUUCCAGAGAGGUUCAUGGGCGCCUCCGAGUUUGAAUCGGACAAUAGAAAUGCAGUGCAAGCAUUCAGCGUAGGCCCACGAAAUUGCAUCGGCCGCAAUCUUGCAUACGCGGAGAUGCGACUGAUCCUGGCCCGGAUGAUUUGGAAUUUCGAUAUGGAAAUCUCUCCGGAUUCCAAGCAAUGGAUCAAGCAGUCCUCAUUUGUGGUCUGGGAGAAAGGUAAUUUGGAUGUGAAAUUGACACCGGCUCUUCAUACCAUGGAUACAAAGUGA